AUAAAGAUACUAUAUAGGUAUUACUCGAUAAAGGAGUAGAUAUUAAUAUAUAGGGAGGCUUCUACAGUAACGUAUUGCAAGCAGUAUUAGUUAUAGGUAAGGCAGAGAUUGUACGGAUACUGCUAGACAAAGGAGCGGAUAUUAACGCGUAGGGAGGCAACUUCGGUAACGCAUUGCAGGGAGCAUUACAGAAAGGUCAGGCAGAUCGUGCGGAUGCUGUUAGACAAAGGCGCUGUCUGAUGUCGUUUAAUACAUAAGCAAUGGGCUGUGUACGUAGCAUUACCUACGUUUGGCAAUCGGGCACUAUGCAUCAGUGCCCGCAUUUUUAGUGGCGGAUUUCAGGCGGGAUAGGUUUUGCGCCUUAUUGUGUCUCUUUGCAGCAGCCGCGCCUUAAAAAUUUCCUGCAGACUUGUCCGGAAGAUGUACCUUAGCCGCACGUGAUCGCCAGAGGCACACAACUCUGGCACAUGCCCCACGACGCGCCAGUUGCUUGUCCGCAUCCUCUGUGUUAUGCACAGCUGCAACACAAACAGCACCUGCAGCGACACAUGCAGGACUGUCAUAGCACAGGCUUUCAACGUCGACUAACCCACGCAUCAACUGACCACCGUCCUUUCGCGCAAGCCUUCCAUCUGAUUCGCGAUACCAUCGCCCUCCGCUCCUUCAUGGUCAAAGGUCAACCACCAUCGAUGUUGGCGGCAAAUACUCUGAAACAGGGGGAGUGAGGUCGCGCCGCAGAUCGGUCGUCCUCAGUGUAGCGACUGCCCGAUGGUACUGUCUUCCUGGAAAGCGAAUGUCUUACCUUGUGCGCGCCCUUGCAUGGCCGCAUGCGGGAUCGUGUUGCCACGACGCGGUACCGCUCGCUCGCGUCCUCCUUCUGCUUACGAAACUCCCACAUGACGCAUACCACAUCUCCGCCUUCUGCUGCCGCGCUCGCUAGUCCUAGUGGAAGGGUUAACGGCAGCAUUGCUCGUGAAAC